AUGGAUAAUAAAUUUAAAUUAUUCCAAGAAGGGCAAAAAAUUAUUGAUCUUGGUGCUUCUCCUGGUGGAUGGUCACAAGUCGCAUCUCAGAAAGGUGCAAAUGUAGUUGCUCUUGACAUGAAACCAAUGAACGCAAUUAAUGGAGUAGAGUUUAUACAAUGUGAUAUUAUCAAUGGGCUUGAAAUUUUAAAAGAAAAAUUCAAGGAUCAAAAAUUUGAUGUAAUUUUAUCUGACAUGGCGCCCGAAUCUUGUGGUUUAAAAUCGUUGGAUCAUAUCAGAAUUAUGCUUUUAUGUGAAGCAGCACUCAAUUUUGCAAAGCAUUUCUUGAGCCAUGGUGGCACGUUUGUAGUAAAAAUUUUCCAAGGAGAAUCUGAUAAAGAUUUUUGUAACGAGCUAAAAGAAAUGUUUAAAACAGUAAAAUAUUUUAAACCGAAGUCAAGUAGAUCUGAAUCUACAGAAAUGUAUUUGCUGCAAAUGCCAGAUGGCACUACAGCACGAGGUACAUUAUUACAUUUUGCUGUACAAUGCGGUGAUGCAUUAAUGGUGAAGCUCCUACUGGAAAACAAAGUAAGUGUUACUAUGAAAGAUCACUCUGGACUGACUCCUUUGGACAUUGCUACUUCGAAUAGUGAUCAAGAGAUAGUGCAUUUACUAGAUGCUAAAGCAAAUUCUAAAUUAGAAAAAAAUAAAGACAAAACUCCAAGAGAUAUCAUAAUAAAAACGAAUAAAACUCCAGAAGGUUUAGUUGUGAACGGAAAUAAUGCAGCUGCUGCACCAGCAAAUGUUAUAAGUCCUUAUUUGAAACAACAUGAUGCUACACGUGAUGAUAAACAGACUUCUGUUACGGGUGAAAGUAGUGACAGUACAGUAGAUAAGCAAUACUCACGUGUUAGUGUUAAGAAUAUGGUACAAAAUUUUGAGUCGCCGCAAAAAAUAAAUGCCACAUGUAGUAAUGAACAGACCUCUAUCUCUUUAAAUGAAAGUAGUAGUAGUGACGACAGUGGAAUAUGUACUGAAUCAGAAGAUGGAGGAGAUAUUGAUGCAAAAAAUGAAGAAUCAAAAAGUCAUGUAACUGAAUAUCAGAGUAAAUUGGAAGCAUUGGGGAAACAAAACCAAAAAGAGAAUCAAUCACUAAAACAACAAAUACAAGAUCUAAAAAGUAAAAACACAACGCUUAAUAGUGAACUAGAAAAAACAAAAACUAAAACAAAUGAAGUACCAUUAGAAAAAGCGCAAAAAGAACUAACAGAAUUGAGAAGUUAUUUCACUGGACAUGGGGCUAGGCUGGACACACUGGAGAAACUCAAUGAAGAGAAUGAAUCACUAAAACAAAAAAUAAAAAGUCUGGAGAAUGAAAACACACCACUUAAGGGUGAACUAGGCAAAACAAAAACUAAAACAAAUAAAUUGUCACUAGAAAAAGUAGAAAAAAGACAAUUCUCCCCAAAAGUUGCCUGUGCGAGCCUUGCAGCUAUGUUAGUAGUAGGUGCUGCUCUUAGUAUUGCUUCCGGAUUGUCUGCUCUAUUAAUAGUUGCAGCUUCUGUGGUAUCUGCACUGAUAGCAGGUGGCAUUACAUACACAAUAUCAAAACCUAUCGCUGAACUAAAACCUACCACUGAAUUGAAAGAAGUGGAUAUUCAAGGUUCAGCACAACAUGGUGUUUGUAAAACUUAG